AUGGUUAGGCCAGUCAUAUUUGUAUUGUUUUACCUCCGGGAGUCCCUACACCUGGGGAGAAGGAAAAAACUAGCACACAUUGAGCUGCUUAUACGCCAGGUGCAUCCCAUAUAUUCUCUCCUGUGCCAUAGCUGAAGCACAGUGGUGGAGUGAGCACGCAGCCUGCAGGCUGUGAAGGAUUUAAAGCUCGGUUUCUCUGAAGUCACAACUCUUGCCCUUUCAACCCCUCCUGUAUCUUCUGAGCCAAGGUUCUCAAGGCAGGUGAUUCAGAGAACAGUCUGUGGGAGCAGUUGGAGACUGCUAAUGGCAGAACUGAGCCCUGCUCCAGCCAGCAGCCCUCUGCUGCAACUCAGAUAUGCAUCUUACCACCCGUGUCUCCACAUUGCUGACUCCGCAUGGCAGGGGCCUGGCUGGUCGGGAAGAGUUGGAGAUGCUGCUGACACAUGGAUCCUCGCAAGAAGGGCACCGGAUGGCUUUUAUUACUGGGCUCAGAUAAAGGCUGCUCCAGAGUUGGAGAGACAGGGGGCCCUGCUUGUGGAAUUUGAGGUUCCCACUGCCACAGACCCAAAGCUGCCAGCCCAGCAGCAGAGUGUGGUCUUAGAAGAAGAUGUCAUUCAGUUCUUGCCGUGCGUAGAACACUCACCACGGCCAGGGGACAAGGUGCUUGCAGCCUGGGAUCCAGACCAGCAGCGGUAUGGCCCUGGCACGGUUCUCUUGGGCUUGGAGGCGAGAGACCCCCUGAGAGCAUCAAAAGGAGGAGGAAUUACUGUUCACUUCUGGAAUGGCAAGACAGCUACUGUGCCUCUGGGCCAGGUCAGGUGGGUGCCCCCAGCUGUGUGGAAGAAGGCUGUGGAGAGGCUGCACAAGCCUUUAACCAGGGAGCACCCCGGGCCCCUCCUCUGGGCCCCUUGCUGCUCUCCGCUGGGACCGGUCGCUGGAUGUGUCAUCAGCGGGCUUUCUCCAGGCGCUCUGUUCCUGUGCCCGCCCUGCCUCCCCCAGGCCUGCUGCCAGCUGCCGUACCAGACCUGCCUCUGCUACUGUCCCUGGGCAGGACCCACCUGGUGGCCUCUAGCCAGGACCUCAGGGGCCACAGCCACAGAACAUCCAGAGGUGGAACUAAAGCCCACAGCACAACUUUUGCCUCUGGAGGGUCCUGCAGAAGAGGAAGCAGUAGCAGUGCAAGCUCCCGUGGGUGUUUCUUCCUCUUCUUCCUCCUCUUCUUCUGAGGAAGAGGAUUUGGGGAACGAUCUGGAGACGCACCUCCCGCAGAGGCUGGCGGUGGACAGCACAGUCAACACAGACCCUAUUCUUCUUGAGAAGUCUCUGAGGAGGCAGGGUGCCCUCUGCCAGCCCGAGUGGAGGUAUUGGAGGAGAAACGGGCCUGAGCCCUGUCCUGGGAAGCCAGGUACAACACCUCCUGAGAUCCCUGCUCCCUUCCCUCCCAUGUAUCUCUUAGGAAUCUCAUGCAUGUGUCCACUGUACUGGGACUGGAAGUAACACUUAGGUGUGUGGCCAUGUUGAAGGGGAAGCUGGGACAAGAGGGAAAUAGUGGGUUUCCAUCUGAACAAUAAAACCCACUGAGAAAAGAUGGGUUGA